GCGGCCCAGCGCAGACAUGCACCUGCUCUCGUCCGCGCUGCUGCUGGCGGCGGUCAUCUCGCUGGAGGGCCUUGCGGCCGACGAAGGCAGCUCCACCGUCGCGCCCACGAGUCCGGACGUGAUGACCACGACGACCGCGCCGACUGCGCAGCAGGGCGACGCGGCAGCGGGGACCACGAUGGCGGGGACCACGAUGGUGGCCGGGGAGGCGGCGGGGAUGGCGCCGGUCUCGGCCGACACUGCCGCGGGCGGCGCAGGGCGCCAACCCACCGCGCCGCACCUCGUCCUCGCCGCGCUGUUGGCAGGCCUGCUGGGCUCCUCCCGCCUCGCCCGCGCGGCCUGACGCGGUCGUCGCCUCUCGUCGCGUCUUGUCCUCGGCGAGGAGAAGUGGGAACAUAUACUCGCCCUCAUGAUUCUCGUUUACAUCCCAUGAUAUCUUCCUAGCAGUGGUGGAUGCAGGAAUUGUUUUCGGGAGGUGAUUUUUAAAAAAAAGUUAUAAUUUGUGCAUUUAAAAAAAAAUUAUGUCAACAGUUCACCUUGCAUCACCCAAAACAACAUACUGCCUUCACCAAGGUCUCACGUAUUUUUUUCAUCACUUAGCAUUUAUUCUUACAAUUUUUAAUUCGUUAAGUCACAGCACAAUAUAUUCAGUUUAACUCCUAUAACUGAGAGUAAUUGCCUUCAAUAAAUGUAUAGGAGGUUUUUCGCCUGUCUCAGAAAACAAUUGUGUGUGUGUGUGUGUGACCUGUGUCUUAACGAAUGCUUUUUUUUGUUUUCAAAGAUAAAAAUUAUUAAUUUGAAAUAUGUAUUAAUUAAUUGUAAUAUAUAAGUCCUACUGUUGUAUCAGUAUUCAUAUUUUUUAAGGAUAGAUAGAUCAUAGAUUCCGGAUUAGAUUUUCGCUCGGAUUGGGGAUUUUUCUUCUCUGGAAAAUUCCCUUCUCGAAUUUAAGACAUGGAGUUGUGAUGUACCUUCCACUUUAUACAGCGGAAGGGAGAAGCUUAGGGAAACCUACAGUACACAGGGAUGAGAGCCACUCCCAAACAGUUCCGAGUACUCUGAUGUUUGCAGAUCUUUCGUGGAAAAACACCAUAUUGCAAGGAUUUGUAUAUUUUAUGGCCAUAGAGUAUUUUAAAAACGCUAACCUAACCUAACCUAAGUGUCCUUUCAUUUUAGUUACAAUAACCUUACCUACCCUCCGAAAAAAAGAACAACUAUUUAUUACACUGACCAAACCUAACCUAACCUAAACUUUUACUUCGUUAAACUUCGGAACUGUUCGGGGUUGUGGUCGUGACUUUCAUCCCUGUGAACUGUUGGUUAUCCCGGAGCACACGCAGAUUGUUUUUGUGGGGUGGGAGGGGGAGAGAGAGAUAGAUCCACUUCGGCCGUUGUUUGCUUUCAACGUAUUUCCGUUUGUUGGUGGGAAUGCUAGAUUUUUUUAAUUUAGGGGGGGGGGAUUUGAUAUCCCCUCCAUCUCUCCCCUUCCCCAUCCUUGCGUACGCCCCUGGCGGAAGGAAAUGGCGAACCACCGCACUCUGAUCUAGUCAAGUAGAAAAUACGAAUUUCGAAAUUGAAACUACGGAAGUUAAACUGUGUUCAUUACCAAACUGUGAUAACACAACAAAUAAACCAACUUUUGAUUGGCAUUUAGUUCUGUUUGUCUUAUUUUUUACAAUAAUUUUUGGAUAACGUGUAUCAAAUAUACAGGUACAAAAUUCGCAACAAAAUAUUGUCUAGUACGUAGUACUAAUACAUAUAGUGAAAUGAGGCAUCUAUGGAUUCCUCUAGAACAGUGGUGGCCAACCUCACUCAUUGUGAAACUAAUCUGAGGGCCAGUUACAUAUUAAUUAAUAUUUAAUUGUCACAAAAAAAUUAUGUCUUAUAUGUGCUUUACAGAGAACAAUAAAAUAUAUGUGGCAAAUAAUAAAAUUACGUAAAAUAUGUAUUUUAAAAUAUAAUUUACAAAAUAAAUCUAAAUAAUCUAAAAAUUAUAUUUAUUGAACAAUAUAUAGUUUGCAUGAAGACUUAAUAAUUUUAUUGUCUUUGAGAAAUGAGAAUACUGUGACUUCUUUACACUGUCAGCUGAAAACUUUUUCUACAUAUAUGCCAUAAAAGUUGGCUUACAUACGAUAGUGUAACUGAUAAUAUUUAUUUCUUGUAAGAUUCUUCAAGUGGGCCGUCAGUUGAACAUCACUGGUCUGGAGCUAAAGGUGGCAUAAAUUCUAAGUAAUUUAACAAUCUAAAUGUUUGGUUAUGAUUUAGAAUAAGUAAUGGCUUAAAACUCUAAAUGUAUGAGUAUGAUGGAGGAUAAAUAAUGGCUAAUAACCUAGCCCAUAUUCUCUAAAUUUGACAUUAAUUAACAGGCCAGAGUUCGUAAAAAGCCAGAAGGAAAUUAUAAUUUAAUAUUUCACGAGGACUAAAAAUAUCAAAAUAGUUUAUAAUUACACUAGACAACUCGAAUGUUAACUCCAAAAUGUGUCCAAAGUGAAGUAUCCUACUCUUAUUUAAUACAUUUCUUUAUAAGAACUUAUCCUUUCCCGUUGAGUCAUAAAAUGUAAUCUAAUUUGUGUAAUGCAACUUUAAGCUAAAUUAAGAAAUUCAAGA